GUCGUAUUGGGAUACAAUGUUCACCACGCUGUCGGAACUUCUUGGGGAGCUAUCCAGAGCAGCAGCGCACUACCCCUUCCACUUCUUACUAUUUAUACCGGCGGUCAUAAUAUUGAAGUUUGCCCAUUGGUACCGGAUUGCCAGCCGGCAGUUCCCCGGGCCUCCAGUCAAGAGUAUCUGGUUUGGCAAUCUUGAUCAGUCACUAGCUGAUAAUGUCCAUGAAAAGUGGAGGGAGUGGCACAAUGUUUAUGGACCGAUCUAUCAAACAUGGAACGGACUAUUUUCGCGCACGGUGUUUAUAGGAGACCCGGAAAUCAUCUCACAAAUUGCUACCAAGAAUUGGCCAAAGGCACCAAAUCAAUACGAGGGAUUCAAACCUUUGAGUGGUGACGCUUUAUUUGCCCAAAUGCAUCAUCGUCGUUGGCAAAAGCAGAGGAAAAGUCUUCGGUCUGCCUUUCAACCAGCCGUGGUCAAGAGUCAAUAUCCAAUCUUGAUCAUGCACAUUCAGAAAUACAUCAGCCUUCUGGAUGAAGCCGCCUUGAAGAACGAUCACGUUGAUAUGUCAAUGCUGAACGUGUUGCUGACUCUGGAUUUUGUUGGUGAGGUUGCCUUCGGCACCAACCUUCAUGCUCUCGACGAAGGACCUAACUGUCGCAUCCUGCAACUAUUCGACAUUAUCCUCCCCGAGCUGAUGAAGUGUGGUUUGUUUCCGCUGAGGGCAAAGGUCCCCGUCUUGAAGAGCACCAGGAACAUGCACAAGGCCUGUGCUGAGCUAAGAGGAAAGGCGCAAGAGGCAAUCAAAAACGCGCGAGCGGACGAUAAUUUGGGCCAUAAUGAUACUAAGACCAAGCGAAUCUACGAACUGCUUGCUCAGCAACGAGACGAGGACGGGGAGUAUUCGUUUACUUCUAAAGAACUGUGUGACAAUUAUGUUACGUUCCUGGUUGCUGGUGGCGACCCAACAGCUCACACGAUCACGUUUGCCAUUUAUGAGAUUCUUCGUCAUCCUGAUAUUCUAGCAAAGCUUCGUGCCGAACUAGACUCGACGAUCCCCGACGGUGUCAAAGUGCCAUCACUAGAGCAAACCAAGUUGCCCUAUCUGAAUAUGAUUGUCAAGGAGACUUUGAGAUAUAAUGGACCAGGAUUUGGCACCUUUCGAUACUGUCCAGAAAGCACCGUUGUUUCAGGGGUUAAGCUUCCUGCAAACACGACUCUGGCACUCUGGAACCCCCAGGUGCAUAGAGAUUCAACUCUGUGGGGUGAUGACGCGAACGAAUUCAAUCCCGACAGGUGGAAAUCGGAUGGAAUGCCUGUGAAAGGGUCAUACUUCCCAUUUUCAUACGGGCCACGAAACUGCUUAGGUCAAGAGCUUGCUAUCCUUGAAGUCACAUUGACUCUGGCCACGUUGUUUCGCCGAUAUGAUCUUCAGUUGGACGACGGCUACCAGAUGGAUUAUCUUUCCAGCUUUACGUUGUGCGCCAGAGAUGGACUCAAGAUCCGUGUUGCAGCACGGCAAAAGCAAGACAAAUUGACAAAAGAAGGAACAGGGAUGUUGUAGAUAUGAAAGUAUCUGCACUGGGCAGAUCAUAUAUCCUGGAUGGAAGACAACUAUCUAGGUGUAUAGUUCUAUGAGAUGAGACGCGAAUACCAAC